AUGGAAGAGAAAAUACAUGAGGAUAAACGAUUUGCUUGUGAAAUUUGCUCUAAAUUGUUUUCACAGAGUUCACAUCUAAAAGCACAUUUGAGUAUACACACUGGAGAUAAACGUUUCUCAUGCGAAGUUUGCUCCAAAUUGUUUUAUGCAAGAUCCGCUUUAAAAGCACAUAUGAGAAUCCAUACCGGGGAUAAACCUUUUGCAUGUGAAGUUUGCUCCAAACUAUUUUCUUAUAGAUCCAGUCUAAGAUAUCAUAUGACAAUACACACUGGAGAUAAACCUUUUGCAUGUGAAGUUUGCUCUAAAUCGUUUUAUGCAAGAUCUGAUUUAAAAGUACAUAUGAGAGUCCAUAUCGGGGAUAAACCUUUUACAUGUGAAGUUUGCUCCAAGUUGUUUUCUUAUAGACACCUUUUAAACAAACAUAUGAAAAUACAUACCGAAGAAAAAGCUUUCAAAUGUGAAAUUUGUUCUAAGUUGUUUUUACGACUGUCAAGUUUAAACGAACAUAUGGUAGUACAUACCGGAGAAAAAUCUUUUACAUGUGAACUUUGCUUCAAGUUAUUUUCUCAAAGAUCCGGUUUAAAAUAUCAUAUGGAAACACAUGGAGAUAAAUCUGUUGCAUGUGAAAUUUGCUCCAAAUUGUUUUUGCGUAAGUCCAGUUUAGCAGAACAUAUGAAAGUACAUACCGGAGAAAAACCAUUUAAAUGUGAAGUUUGUACCAAGAUGUUUGCUCAUCGAUCCAGUUUGAAGGACCAUGUGAUGGUACAUACCGAAGAAAAAGCUUUUAAAUGUGAAGUUUGCUCCAAGUUGUUUUCUUAUAGAUCAGGUCUAAAUCAUCAUAUGAAAAUACAUGGAGAUAAACCUUUUAAAUGUGAAAUUUGUUCCAAAAAGUUUUUUCUAAGAUACGUUUUAAAAGUGCAUAUGAGGACGCACACAGGAGAUAAACCGUUUGUAUGUGAAAUAUGCUCCAAAUCAUAUACACAAAAAGUCUAUUUAAAGGAACACAUGAGAUCACAUACUGGAGAGAAACCUUAUACUUGUAAAAUUUGCUCUAAAUCACUAUCUUAUAGAAUCAGUUUAAAAGAUCAUAUGAAAAUACAUACUGGAGAUAAACCUUUUGCUUGUGAAAUUUGCUCCAAAUCAUUUUUACGAAAAUCCAAUUUAAAAGAUCAUAUGAAAAUACAUACUAAAGAAAAACCUAAAAAAAUUUAG